AUGGACUUGUACCGCCAUUUGAAGGGACUAGCCUGGGGCUUUGUUCAGGGCACUGGGGACGAGGAUGUAUUUGAUCCUGCGAUACAUCUUAGUUAUGUUCCGCCCGAGAGGAAAUUCACUAUGGAAGAGCUACAGCUAGUACAAAGUGAAACGGCAUCUCCAAUCGCAGGGACGGUUCCGUUCCCCUUAUUAUCGACCGAGGGUGUUAAAGCCUAUCGAAGGGCGAUGUUCCAGCAAGACGUCCUCAAUCACUGUGCAAGCUCUCCUUUCCCAGGGACAUUAGUUCUCCGAGAUGCAGUGAGAUACUCGAAGUUCGUUAGAGACUUUUGGACACACCCAGUAACUCUUCGAAUUGUCUCUGAAGCUGCCGGUAUUCCAUUGGAAAUCAUCAUGCCCACAGAGAUCGGGCACACAAACAUACAAGUAAAGGGAUCGACAAUAUCUGAAAUGAAAAACAACCUGACGACAGAACCCACACUUGAAAGAGUCAUUCUGAGUCCUGAAGACCGAGAAUAUGAUCCCUUGAAAGAUGCUAGCGCUAUAAUACCCUGGCACUAUGACUCCUAUCCCUACGUCUGUGUCUUGAUGUUGAGUGAGACAGACGGUAUGAUCGGAGGAGAAACAUAUAUAAAGAGAGGGGAUGGGACAGCUCAAAAGGUUGAAGGACCACAGAUCGGACACGCCGUGAUGCUCCAAGGGGGUGAGGUUGAACAUCUGGCUGCGCGAGCGAAGGGCGUCAAGGAGCGUAUAUCCACCAUUACUUCAUAUCGAUCGAGGCAUCCAACCGUGUACGACUCGAGCUUCAUGACGAAUAUUCGCCCAUACGCCGAUCUUAACUCGCUCUACCCUGAGUGGAUAACUUAUCGGCUCCGAAAACUAAAUGAUGAAAUCACCUACUAUCUGAAUAGAGUGGAGAAGGAGCCGCAGUUUGCCCUGGACUUACAGAGUCUAGAGGAUCUAAUCAACAAGCAGGUCUCUUACCUGCAACAGACCUCGAGACAGAUGAUCGCCCCUGGAUUUGAAAAAGAACUCGUUGAGAGAUUUGGCAAACCGACUUACUAUGCAGCACCGAGGAUAUGGGAAACGGUCCAAAGCUAUUCUGAAUUUGAGAUACUUGCAAUAACUGCCGAUGAUAAGCGGCUAUGGCUGCCCAACAGCGUCUACUGGAUGGAUCUACAAAAUUCGAUUGAAUCGAUUCGACUGGGAAAACCACUUGGAGGUGUGUUUGGGCGGCGCAUAUGGGGUGGAAGAAGGUACUACAUGGGCGAUGAACUUCUGCGGCAAGGAUUGAACGAGUUAUUCCUGGAUUGGCUUGCAAGCUCUGGUCUCUGGAAGAUAUAUUGUGAGUCUGAAACAUAA